AUGGCGGUCAUUGUGCAGUCCAUGUCACCGUCCUUGACCAGCGUACAGUCAGUCGCCCAGCCGUGCAUUCAAUCGUUCCAGCAACGGCUUCACCCGUGCCGCGGGCUCGCAACGAGGACCAAGAGCGCCGCCGUACAAAGUGCUUUAGCUGAUGUCAGCGCGGGAUUGUUAGCCGGUCAGGUUCCCGAAAUUACCCCGGACGGUUCUGGCGGCACUUACAUGCUUCGCGAUGUUACCGGCGAAUCGCGCAUUGCGGUUUUUAAGCCGAUGGAUGAGGAGCCGUUGGCCUGGAAUUGCCCUCGAGGGAUGCCGCCGAGCGAGACGGGCGAAGGACUGAAGCGUGGAACUCGCGUUGGCGAAGGCGCGUUUCGCGAAGUCGCAGCGUAUCUUCUGGACCACCCUCUUCGCGAAGGCGAUGCAGAGGGUUUCGCAGGAGUGCCGCGAACCGCGUUGGUUACAUGCGACAUCAAAUUCUUCGCGUCUUCAUUGGGCUCUCCAGUCUCAAUUCUAGGCGGCCUGUCUUCUGCUGAGUUCGGUUCAAGGAAGAUUGGUUCGCUGCAGCACUUUGUCCCCGCUAUAAGCAAUUGUGAGGAUAUGGGCCCAGCUCGGUUCGCUGCUUCGGAGGUUCACAAGAUUGCUACUCUGGACAUGCGGCUGGCGAAUACGGAUAGAAACGGCGCCAACAUUCUGGUGAAAAGCGACGGCUCAGAUUUGAAGCUCAUUCCAAUCGACCAUGGAUAUUGCCUUCCGGAGACGUUGGAAGACUGUACAUUCGAGUGGUUGUACUGGCCUCAAGCGAAGCAGCCUCUUUGCGAGGAUGUCAGGGAAUAUAUCGCGAAGCUUGAUGCCGAAGCUGACCUGGCGCUUCUACAGGCGGGCGGGUGGGCCGUGAACGGCGCAUGCGCACGCGUGUUUCGCGCGGCAACGCUCCUGCUCAAGAAAGGCUCGGCUGCAAAUCGAACAAUCUUUGAUAUUGGAUCACUGAUGGUUCGCGACGAUCCCGAUGUUCCAUCCGCGUUAGAAGUCAUGCUGGCACGUGCAGAAGAGAAGGCGCUGAGUGGAGCAGCAGGGGGGGAUGCUAUUAACUGUCUGGGUGAAAUUCUUGAGGUCUACUUUGAGUCUACUGCCAAAUAG